AAAGCCUUGGAAAGUGAGGCGCCAAAAGAAAAGAAAAAGGAAUUUAAGGUCGAACCCAUGGCUUUGACCCAAUUCCUAAAGCCCACAUCUGAAACCCGUAAGCCCUAAUCCAGAACCUAUAACCUAACCUUAAGCCUUGUCAAAUCCGGCCCAAAACAUCACUCCGGUAAACAAAAACCUACGAUCAGCCACCAGGCCCACUCUCAUUCCCUUGGGCCUCGUCUCUCCCUCGACUUAUGAUCCUUUCCCUCUUCUUCUCCGAUUCAGGUUGCUCCCCGCCGCCAUCCACAUCAUCUUCUCGGCAACGGCGGAAUCAAAGGGGAAACACUCAACCGCCGCACAGGUCCUUCACCCGGACUCUCCCUCUGCAAAAAGAAUAUUUCCAGCGCACUUUCGUCCAUCUUGGCCUCCGGUCACCAUUUUUCCCUUCCUCUGGCUGCAGACACCCUCCGCCAGCUGUCAAACACCGUUGCUCCCUCUUUUCCUCUCCGCCGCUUACGGCUGGGGAGGGUCAGAAGUUUCUUGGCUUUCCGAAACGGAGGGAAUCAGUCUCCGCAAUUUGGCCGCGGAAAGAGUGUAUAGUGCCUUGCACAGUUCCUAUUUUUGAAUCUUAUUUCCGGUGGCAACUGACGAUCUUAAACCCCAACCCACGUUGAUGAUCCUCAAUUGCCUAUCUCGCCAAAACCAACCUCCACUUUCACUGGCCCUUACGCUCCUCAGACGCCACCUCUCCACCUCCGCCUCAAAACUCCAUGACCUCUAUUGUUUUAAAGCCCCACCCUCCCUCUCUCCAAACCCCCAAAGGCCUAACCCCUAUGCAAAGACUCCCAAGAAAAAGCAAAAACCCCAGUAUCGAUCUCCGUCGUCCCUCGAUAAGGUUAAGACUGUAGACUCCGACUUGCCAUUUGAUUUUCGGUUCAGUUACACGGAGAGUAGCCUGACGGUGAGGCCAAUCGGGUUGCGGGAGCCCAGGUAUUCUCCGUUUGGUCCAGGUCGGCUGGACCGGGAAUGGACUGGUGUUUGUGCCCCAGUCGUAGCCUCCACCAGCUGUCACACACCGGGGCUCCCUCUUUUCCGCUCCACCGCUCACAGCAGGGGAGGGUCAGAAGCUUAUUGGCUGUCUGAAACAGAGGGAAUCAACCUCCGCAAUAAGGCCGCGGAAAGGUUUCUCGUUGAUUUCUUUCUUUGAGUGGUCUUUCACUGAGCCAUGGAAGUGGGACAAUGAAAAUAUAUAUUAGUAAAAAUAACAUGGAUGACACUGAAAAAUGCUUCUUCUUCUUCUUCUUCUUUUUUUCCUUCUUUAAUUUUGUGGCUUAAGUCCGUGCAAUUAGAAUUUUUUUGAUUUAUUACAGUAACUUGAAUGUUUAAAAAAUAAAGUUUAGGGACAAAA